GGGAGAGGAAGAAUUCUCUAGGCUCUGAUUCCUGUGACAUAAUUUUAUUUUUGUUCUUCCCGACUGCUCUGCUCACUCCACAGUAAGAUGGCUUCUGCACACGACAGAGCCGUACUCCAGGCAAUAUUCAACCCCACCGCCCCCUUUGGAGACAUCCCUGUUCUCAACCAAGAGGAGGAAUUAAUUGACGAUGACAGCGGUUUUGACUCAGAGCUGCUGAAGCAAGUGAAAGAGCUGGAGAUGCGGGGCGUCUCGGCGGCGGAGGCCGGGGAUUUGCAAACCGCACUUCAACUGUUCAGCCAGGCGGUCCAGAUCCUGCCUGAGAGAGCCUCUGCCUACAACAACCGGGCCCAGGCCCUGCGGCUGCUGGGGGACACAGCAGGAGCUGUGCAGGAUCUAGACCGAGCCAUUGCCCUCAGUGGCAGAACGGGGCGAUCUGCCUGCCAGGCGCUGGUGCAGAGAGGCCUUUUACGAAGACUGGCGUGCCAAAACGAUGAAGCGAGAGCUGAUUUUGAGAAAGCGGCUGCACUCGGGAGUGAAUUUGCUCGGCAGCAGGCUGUGCUUCUUAAUCCGUAUGCAGCGCUGUGCAACAAAAUGCUCUCAGAGGUGAUCAAUAAACUGCGCAACCCUGAAGUAUCCAAUAUGCAGUAGUUUGUGAGAUGACAUGUUACCUGUACACCCUGUUUUCUGAUAGUCAAUAAUGUACACUUUUAUUGUUUUAGCUCUACUUUAACUGCUGCUGUAAAGAAAACACACCUAAUUACACAAUCAUUUGAAUGAAACAUAAA